AUAUUGGAUGGACAAGCAUUAAUGAACCAAAACAAUACUACUAGACUACUAGUACCAUAGUAGACCAGACCAGACCAACAGCUACGGUAUGAGCGCUCCCGACAAGAAUGUGGACAAGAUGGGUUACAUGUCGGUGAUGGUGGGCGACGGUGCCGCGGAGUUGAAUCGUCAUUUGGUGCAGUACGGUCAUGAUUACGGCCUUGCUGCAAGGCAAUUUCGGUUUACGUUGGAUGGCGGACGACAUGUACUGAGAACCGGUCAAGGCGUCUUGGAAUCGCUGCAGUUUGGCUACAUGCCGUGGAUGGCUCUGGGUUGGAUCUUGCAGACGUCCGUCACAGUUUGGUCGCAACUCCAACAAGCCAAGAGCAGUCAACAACAACAACAGGCACUGCAGCAGCAAUUGCAACAACAACAUCAAUUCAAUGCUCAACACUUACUAUUAUUGCAGGCGUCGUCACCGGAUGCGGUCCAGGCUCUGGUUGAAACCACGUGUCUCUAUGCACAAGAUCAUGCCGCCACAGCAGUCCAUUUGGUUGUCACAGACUCCUACUUGGCGGCUCAAGUCAGACUCUAUUUGCAGAAACACAAAAAGAAACAACCACAACCACAACAAAAAGACGACUCCAGCAUUGCAAGUGAUACAAGUCAAAACAAUAUGCAAGUGUUUGUAUCACUCCAAGAAGCGUUUGAUCAAGCCAGCAAUAGCAGCAGCAGCAAGGUCCUUAUUUAUGUGCAUUCUCUGCAACAACUUCACCUCCAUCACAAUCUACUACAAAUCCACAAUUGCAACGAUUUUGUUCUCAUGGCCGAUCAUCAUACAGUAUGCAAUGCCAAUGCCACUGCUGCUGGGGGCGGCCCACGGCUGAUUCUCAACGGACACAAGGUAGACAUUCAAAACUCACGGGGGACCAUUCAGUCGGUAGCAUUCUCGGGAGGAUGGCCCAACCACAAUCAACAGGAGAUUCAAUUUGUGCAAUGUACUACUACAACCAAUAAUAGUGGUCACCAUGACAGCAGCAGCACAUCUCGAAACAACAAGAAGAGUGACAGACUUCAUCAUCAUCAAAAAAAGCAACAACAACAACAACUGACCACUACUAGAAUCAAGGUCGGGCUGCUGUUUGCCUCAUCGGCGUUUGUCACGGCUGUAUCAUUCACGUGUCAUUCGAUAUUCUUCCGACACCACCAUGAUCGUAACCACAAUGGUCGUCGUGGCCCAACAAGCAACUGAGUCGAGUCGAGUCCAGGAAGCCACAAGCUACAAGUACAUCGCCGCUAUUUUAGGAUAAAAGAAAGACUACCACAAUAGCCCAAGCAGCACUGACGAUUCGAUUCCCAUGGGGGAUGA